UAUCAGAAUAUUCCGAUAACGGUGCAGAUAAAUUGUGUCCCAAUUCAAAAGAAGCAAAAUCAAUCGAUAACUGGAAAUAAAGCUUUGUGUUUCUAUCUUUGAAUUAGGGUUCUAUAUUGCGAACCCUAAAAUUCCAGUUUGUUCCUAAUUCUUGUAGCCAUGGACUCUCCCGCUGCAAAUCACUUGGAUAUAUUCGAUAUCUAUAGCCGAUACUGUGAUAUCAUGUCAGGGGCAUAUGCUACCAGGAACCUAGUAGAUGAAUUGCAGAAAGCGAGAUUUACAAGAGAGGCAUUGAACCAGCUUACGAAAUUAGUGGAUUCAAGUUUGCAUAUAAGGGCAACUAUCUUUGAAGAAGUGUACAAGCUUAAGUUGCGGUUGAAUUUGGAGGCAGACUUCUCUGAGUUCUCGCGUUUCUAUGAUUUUGUCUUCUUCGUUUUCAGAGAAAAUGGACAAAAGAACAUCACUAUAAGCAAAGCUGUUACUGGUUGGAAAAUAGUUUUAGCUGGUAGGUUUCGGCUACUUGAUCACUGGUGCGACUUUGUUGAGAUAAACCAGCGAUACAAUAUAUCUGAGGAUACUUGGCAGCAAGUUUUGGCCUUCAGCCGUUCUGUGCAUGAAAAUCUUGAAGGAUAUGAUCGGGAAGGAGCUUGGCCUGUUUUGAUUGAUGACUUUGUUGAGCACAUGUACAGGAUUGGAGGAGUCGAUGCUAUUUCUAACUCAUUUUGUUGUAGCUGUGGUGAUUCGGGAGCCCAGCCAUUUGAGGAUUCUUUCCCUGGAUUGAAAAAUUUUCCUGGUAUGAAGAGGAAAAAAUCUUGUGGCAAUUUACAAAGAGUAGAAGAAUCAUCUCAUGGACAUCCAGACAUGGAUGUGAUUGUCAAUUCCAAGAGGAGGAACAUUAAUUUUGGCAACCAAAAUGUUGACUGGACAGAAAACCAAUCACAUGGUUGCUUGGAAAUGGUUAAAGCAAAUAGCCCAUUAAAUCAUUCUGCAUCUCCAUGCGCUGUUGAAGGUUGUUUGUCCAAGGGUUUUGCGGGACUGUUGUCAGGCCCUUCAUGUUUGCAGUUUGAUAAAGAAAGGAGAACUUCCUAUACAUAGAAGGUUUUUGAUCUUGUUCAUUACUGCAAAAUAUAUCAGGGGUAGGAAGCAGGAACCAUUAUGUAAAAAAUUUCGGGGGG